UUCGCCGAACUCCUGUCGUGUCUGACUUCGCUUCGCGUGGUUGAUUCGGAUCGGAAUCCAGUGUCUGAUUACACAAUCCACCGGAGGCAUUUACAUGAGAUUUAUCGCAGAGCUGUUUACUGAAUAAAGUGCAUAUUGGAACUAGAAUAUUCGGUUCAGAAAAGUGUUUAAACAUUUAAAUUUGCUGGGUCAGGUUCAAGUUUUUGUAGAGAAUGGAAGUGUCACUCGAUAAUCUGUCGUCCGCCCAGAAGGAUGAGCUGAUGACAUCGGUCAAACAGCAGAUUGCUCUGGCCAACGCUCAGGAACUGUUAACGAAAAUGACGGAGAAAUGCUUCAAAAAGUGUGUCGGAAAGCCGGGACAAGAGCUGGACAGUUCCGAACAGAAAUGUAUUGCCAUGUGUAUGGAUCGGUUUAUGGACUCGUGGAACCUGGUAUCGCGGACCUAUACGCAACGAAUUCAGAAAGAACAGUACAAAGGAUGAAAAGGAUGUUUCGAAACUGCCGGGGCAAUAAUUAGGAUGAGGCUAGUUUUGUAAAGCAAAAUAAAAUAAUACAUUUAAAAUACACGUUCAAAAGGCACAUGUAAGUUACAAAUAAGAAAAUGCUGGGAAUGUA